UAUGCACCACCCAAGCCCUUGGCCUCGAUUUUGAGCUGCUUUCACCUAGAUUUUACGAACACAACAGUGUUAUUAGCAGAAAUAAUUUAUAUAUCCUAUUAAGCUAGUACCAUUGAUACUCGUUGCUCGGUCCCCCCUCGAUUCAUAUACGACUUCCUCUCAAGCUAGUUUCUAUCUUUCUGGUAGAAUAUGUGGUACCGAAAAAUAACAAAUAUUUUGCUGGCCUUCUGUGCUAUAAUUUUUGCUACUUGUGCUUUUCCACAAGGAGCUCCUGUUGAAUCUUGUGAUUCCAUGCUCCCGCGUCAUGAACUCAUCAAACCCAGUCCGUCAGAAAAGUCCCCUUAUUAUUUUAUAGCUUCUUCACGCCGCUAUUCAUACAGUACGAGACCAGGAAUUACAGUCGAGAUCACUGGCGCCCCUUUCAAAGGGUUCAUUGUAAUAGCUGUUGAUCCACACACGAACAAGAGAAUCGGCUCUUGGAAAAAGGUGAAAGGAACCGAUCUUUUGCCGUGUUCAGCAGUUACACAUGUAGAUCCAUAUCCGAAACGUCACGUAACUUUACUGUGGGAACCACCCACAGAGAAAGAAGAAGGAGACGUUAUUUUUGUAGGAACCAUCGUACAGAGUUACUCGGUGUAUUACACAAGUCAAGUGGCAGCCGUUUACGAUGAUGGCGACGUUAACAGCCUUUUAAAAAAAUAAGUGUUUUAACUAAUUAUAACGUUAGGUUUAAGUAAUACCUCCAGGUGAGACAUGUGCGAAACCUUUAAGAAAGGUUACAUGUUCGGUAUGAUACAAGUUUUUGUGUUUUUUUUUUC